AGGUAUAGUAUGGUGAACUUCCGUACAUUCAUAUUAUCAGCAGUUAUAUCGGUAUGGGUCCGGCAAACGCGCAGUAUGGACUGCUCUGAGAUUUGCGGUAUGCCAGAACUAAUAUAUCAUUGCUGUCAGUGCAUUGGAUGUCAUCAUGGUCUCAGCCCUAAUGCCAUUGCUCCAGCCAUCGCGGGCCUACGAUUCGGGAAACGGUCUCCUUACAAAGCAGAUUCGCCGUCAGUAUCAACCCCAGAAUUUGCUUCAAAAUACCGGACCAUUUUGCCUAGAAGAUGGAUCUUCAGCUCUGUUUUAUACUAAGGCAUUAUACCUUGAUCUUGUGUCACUGCAUAUGUUCACCGUUCAAAUAAAAAGUUCUGU